UGUUCUUGUUUAGAGAUUGCCGGGUUGCUGAGUUGGUGGCUCUGGUCUGUGACGGCUGAUAAGUUUGGCCUCCGAGUGGUUGGAAUAAGGAGGAAAUAUCAUUUUCCAAUGAUCAGUUCUGGUUAUUUCAUUUCGGGUCCGUUGUGUAACUGCGGCGGCACUGCUUCCUUUAUAUCAAAUUCGUUGGCGGAAGAAGAUGGUGCUGCUGCGGUUGUUAGAGACGACAAUUCUGUUGCUCUCCCUGCAUCUUUCUGGGUUCGGACGGCCAUGAGAGUGUCUAGAGCCAGGUGGUUUGUUUUCUUAAGAAGGGUGUUUCACUACCAGAACGGAUCAAGAACAGAUCUCGGGUCUGAUCCUUUCAAUUCUAGCUCAUGGAUGGCGAUGGAGCUGGUCGCUAUGGUGUUUCAGCUGGCCAUCACCUUUUUUUUUCUUGCCAUUUCAGAGGCUGAGAAGCCAGUUUGGCCUAUGAGAUUGUGGAUUGUUGGUUAUGACCUUGGCUGCGCUCUUAGUUUGUUGCUUCUAUAUGGCCGCUUUUCGCAUCUUUAUCCAAUGCGUGGAGAUCGUGUUAGCCUUUCUGAUACUGAGCAGCGGAGAAGCAGUCAAGCAUCAAGGAGCUUGCGUUUGAUGAACAAAUGUCGAUCAUCUCUCGAACUUUUCUUUGCAAUAUGGUUCGUAAUGGGUAAUGUCUGGAUCGUCGAUUCUCGCUUCAGUUCUUUCCAAAGAGCUCCCAAGCUUCAUCUGUUAUGUGUCUUCCUGUUGGUUUGGAAUGCCAUCUGCUACUCUUUUCCAUUCAUUCUUUUUCUGCUGCUAUGUUGCUGUGUGCCGUUGAUUAGUGGCCUUCUAGGAUAUAACAUUAACACAGCGUCGACCGACAAAGGCGCGUCCGAGGAUCAAAUUUCCCAGCUACCUUGCUGGAGAUAUAAAGCAAGCUCAAAGCAACUUGAUAGCAACAAGGGACUUCCAAAAGAGGAUCCAGAAUGUUGCAUCUGCCUUGUGAAGUACAGAGAUGAAGAAGAAGUAAGACAGUUGCCUUGUUCCCAUUUGUUUCAUCUCAAGUGUGUAGAUAAGUGGCUUGCUAUCACAUCUUCCUGCCCUCUCUGUAAGCAACAACUUCAAAGAUAGAAAAAAGCACUUCAAAAAUCACUUUUUUUGCCCCCACCCACUGAGAAUUUCUCCAUUUUCACAUGGUUUCUUGAAUGAGUUCACUGCUGAGAGUAAAUUACAAAAGUUACUAAUAGAAGCAAUAUGAGACCUCACUUCUAAGUUUGCCUUAAAAGGCAAUAUAUGUGUAUAUAUAUACAUAUUACCUGUGAAUUCAAGGCCUGCCCUUAUACCCAUAUGAAUAAAAUUUUCUGUCUCCACUCUUGAAUUGUGAGAAA